ACUUUCAAGUCCAGCAUAUGAUUACAUUACUGUGAUGAGGAACAGGAAAAAUAAUCUCACAAGCGAGCUACAAACAAAGCUAGCUAGCUAUCCAUGUUUAGUUUCUGAUAUUAUUGUAUUUGUUUGAAUAGCUUGCUAGAUACUCAUAAUAAAGAAAACACAAAGACUGUUUACAUAUUGAAAAGGGACCAAAAGCGUCGGGGGACAAUGUCGGGUUCCGUGGUCGAGUUCCAGGCGCAGAUAGCCUCAAUCAUGGAGGUGCUUGCCAACGCGGCUGUUGCCGAAAUCUGCAAAGUUGUUGACGAUGGCUAUGCUGUUGUGCACCUGAAGAUGUCCCAAAGCCACAAGGAGAACGAAUUUCUCCGGAGGAAAAUGAAAUUGAUGGAACUUCAGAUCACCAGGUUUCGAGCAGAUAGAACAAAGUCUUCAGAGGGGUCCGUCCACAAUCGCUUCCAUGGAAUACGCCUCAUAAACAGACACAACCAUCGAGAAACUGCAACGACAGGACCUACUUGGCAAAGCAGAGCCAGACUUUCCAACAGGAGUUUUGGGAACAGCAGCAUUCAAAGAGACAGACAGCCCAUAGACGUGGACCAAGACGAUGUCUCUCCAUCAAAGCAUAUGGAUGCUACAAGUGAUGAGCAGUCAGCAGAGACAGAGGAAGGGGAACCAGACCUGCUGAUCAUCAAGGUGGAGGGAGAAGCCGAUGACCAUCACUCUAGGUUCAGCCACCCAGCUAGAACAGUGGAGGGCAGCAGAGAACUAACCACCCAACCGGCUGCAGCCACCACAGAGGACACUGCCAUCCAGUCCAGUGGCCCCAGAAGCAACAACAACUACAACACCGCUAUGGAGGUCAGUGGAUCUGAUGCCAUCCUCCUCCAAUCAGAAACAGGGAAUGUGAACCAGGGACCCCAGCAGUACACAGGAUUUGAACCCAAAGCAGAGAGACCGAGUCUGGACACAAAGUGUGACUUGAACGGGGACCUCAAUCUCCUAAGAGAUUCUUUAAACCAGGCCAAAUCUACUGUGGAAGGGGAGAGAGACCUCCAGCCAUGGAAGAAAGAAGAGGGUCUGAGGGAGAUCCCAGGUACUGAUAGUGGCCACAGAAUGACAGACCCAAACACACCGACCUCUCUAGACACGGACCAAACAGAGCUCACUGAGCAGCUCAGAACCAAACAGAGCAUAGUGACUGUCAACAGAUCAGACACUGUUUUCAAGUCAGACCCGGAGCCUGAGAGCUUGAGCCAGGUGUUUCAACUCACAGGUCCAAGACCUGUUGGUAAACAGCAGUGUAGCCUGAACCCCGAGAGAACAACCGAUCUGCCUGUAAACUCCCAUAAGCGAAGAGGCAGUGAUACAGCGAAUGAUUGGCCGUCUUGUUCUAGUUAUGCUGCCGAGACGGUCUCAGGAAGCCCCUCGCCUCUCACAAAGCUGAACCCCAUUCCCCCACUUUCUCAGAUGGUGAGGAGUGAACACAAGUAUUCCCAGGUCGAUUCAGAAGUCAUGUCGGAGGUCAUAGUUAUCGACCCCCUUCCUGUUGACGAUGGGGAUGGCACGCCCUCGUCGUGGAGACAAGGUGACAUAAUGGAACACGGGCAUCAUCAAGGAGGACAUAGUGAAGCAGAUGCCAUGCUUCUUGGAGGACAUUCGAGUAACACUUAUCUUCAUCAUCCUCACCCAGGUGUCCAGCCAGCAGCGAGACAGAACUCACCUGACAAUCACUUCUACACCAUCGGCAUGGACAGCGCUUUCCACAACCGCCUCGGCAACUUUCAGAACCCCGCAACCACCGCCACUCCAUACUCCACGGAAACCGAGGAGCUGCAGUACCCCACCUGGGUGGAUUUCCCUGGGAGCGCCCCCGACACCCACCUGGGCGACGUGACUGGGACUCAUCAGGACAGAGGGUCUAGGGAGGAUGGGGCGAGGUCCUACAGGUGCACCUUCUGUGGGAGGGAGUACCCUCACCUGUGCCAGCUCAAGAUGCACCAGAGGGUUCACACGGGGGAGAAACCGUACGAGUGCGCCCUGUGUGGGAAGCAGUUCAGCCAGCUGUGUAGCCUGAAGCGGCACCAGAGAGUACACACAGGGGAGAAACCUUUCAGAUGCGCUCAAUGUGGGAAACAGUUCUCUCAUUCCAGCAAUUUAAAAGUGCAUCAGAGUGUCCAUACGGGUGAGAAACUGUUCCACUGCACCCAGUGUGGGAAGAACUUCUCCUUUCUGAGCAAUCUGAUAAGACACCAGACAGUUCACACACGGAAAUUAUAGGUUGUGUUGUGAUUUGGGAUAGUGUUUUCUGAAUUGAUUGUAAAUUGUAUGUGUAUGAUUGCUCUGGCUUAAAGGUUGUUAUCUGUUUAAUUCUCCCCUGACUGUUAUUUUGUAUUCUGGAGCCUUUUGUAAAAAUGUUAUAAAAAGAAGUGACACUAAAUGUUUGACUGCAAAUUAUUAUAUUGGUUCAUGUUGGUUAUUUUUGUCUAAAAUGUUCAACUUAUUGUAUAAAUUCCUACAGUAUUUGUGACGCAAAGUGUUGAAAAUAAUCAGGCGAAACUAAGAUUUUGUCACAAUCAACAUGGUUGUGUUAAAGUUCAAAAGAAAUAAAGCAACUCAUGGGAAA